CCCGCGCGGUCACCUGUGUCGCACGUCCUCAGUCGCAAAGCGGCCGCGUCGCGCGCCACCCGCUUCGUAUUACGCGCUAUAUUAUGACAGUGACGUGAUGGAGGGCAAAGAGUUCGGUGCGGUACCCGGCUUGCCCGCCGGUUUGGACUAUUUUAUGAUGCCCCGUGUCAGCCAACCCGUGCCUCAAUUUGACUUUAGAAAAUUAGGCGCGAGUUUUAGCGGACGGGAUGAAGAAAAAUGUGAAGAGCGACGGUCUCCCGAGUAUCCGCCGGAGCGUCGUGAUCCACCACCUGCACCUUGGCCUCUCGGCCUGGGUGUACAGUUCGUCAACCCCGCUACGGGAAAGAAAAGAGUGCAGUGCAAUGUUUGCUUAAAAACUUUUUGCGAUAAAGGCGCGCUAAAAAUACAUUUUUCGGCGGUGCACUUGAGAGAGAUGCAUAAGUGUACAGUGGAGGGGUGCACUAUGAUGUUUAGUUCUCGGCGGUCUCGGAAUCGACACAGCGCUAAUCCGAAUCCAAAGUUGCAUUCCCCUCACGUGAGACGCAAGAUUUCUGCACACGAUGGCAGGUCUGCGCAGCCGUUCCCACUGCUACCGGCAUUAGCUCGUUUGCCGUUACCACCGCCUGCUCUACUUCCGCCUGAAUUCGCUAGUCGUCUUCCGCCUCCACUUGCAGCACCUGGACCUCCUCAUCUACCUCCUCGAGUUCCUCUCGAUGAUCUCCGUAACUUCAGUGAAAUUGAAAAAAUGUAUAGAAAAAUUCCAAGUCCCGAUGAACCUCGACGUGCGCUCGACCUUGUUAAGCCUAAUAUACACGACGAGGAAUCGAUCAGCUUCAGUGAAAAUAAUGAAGAAAUUUCUGAUGAUGAAGACAAAGAUAAAUCAAAAAUACAGAUCGAUUCUAAUGAAGAAGAAAGAUUGAAUUAUACUGAUGAACCAGAGGAUUUAAGUGUUAACAAAAAGAAGGAUGACGAAAAGCCCUUACCUAUACAAUCUGAUUCUGGUACUCGAGCAGACCCCACCGUAGCUGAUGAAAAAUCGUCCUUGGUUCCUAAUAAACGUAAAAGAAAAAGUGGCAAUCCUACAAGGUGUUCACAAAACAAUGAAUACAGUGUAUCCGAUGAAGAGUACAAUAGUGAUAUUUUUAGAAACCUUUCGACCCCCAGUUCUAGUCGAGCAGACGAGGAGCCAUUAUCUCUUAAAAAGCAAAAACCAGAAAAAUGGGAGUCAUUUCAGAACAGUGAUGAACCGACUGUGGACUCGGAAUCAGUAACAAGGGUAAAGCCUGAAAGUGAGUCUGAUGACGAAUCGAGUGCGCCCAGUGUUGUUCGUGAAGGAUUAAGACUGCGAUCCGAUCUUUACACGCCGAGUGACAGUGGAAGCGACUUACACACAAUCGAAGAACGACUUGCGCGAGCACGUUCACCUUCUGCGAGCAGCGACAGGACAGAUGAACGACCGGAUAUUAAUGAUCUCGAAAUUCCUAUCGAUGAUGAAAAUCCCGAUCGAUGCACUGCUUGCGGAAAAAUAUUUCAGAACCACUUCACGUUGCGCAUGCACUUCAGAAAUGAUCAUUUAAAAUUGCUUCAUCCAUGUGACGUGAGCGGUUGUGACGCUGCGUUUCCCUCACGGAGGAGUCGAGAUAGACAUAGUUCAAACGUAGAUCUCCACCGACGUUUGCUGUCAACAGGUUCACCUGCCACUCACGAACAAAAGCCGGCGUUUGAAGUGAACGCAGAACUACUCAAUAAAUUAUAUGCUGAUAUUAAGGGUCUCGCAUCGACGCUUGAAAGCCUAAGAUAUGGUGGCGAGGAGUCUUCCCAACUUCCUACUUACGUGACUGAAACAAUGAAGUUUUAUAGUAGAAAUUUAACUGCAUUGCAAGCUGGAUUUUUUCCUCAGCUAGGCAAUCGAGGAUUUUUUCCGAGCCCGUUUCUAAUGGGCAAUGGAACCCCGCAGCCUGGUGGUCUAUACGGCGCCCCAGCGGGAGCUCAUUCAGCACGGGAGUCGCUUUCCCCUUUAUCGGCGUCAUCCCCACCAGUGAUAUCUCCGGGGAGGCUGGAUGCUGCGCACGCGCGCCCUCGCGAAGACGCUAAACUGCUUUUUCGCGAGACCUCCGAAUCCUACAAGAAGAUGACCUCACUCUGCGAGCGCCAGGACCAGCUCUACCAGCACCACGUCCCGGUGUCAUGACGCAACCCGUACAAUCCCCGCGCAUCCUGGUGAUACCUCACUCUCUGAAGCCCGUGGCGCAAAGACUCUGUAUAUUUAAUUGUUAAUAAUUUUAAUUGUGUUAAUUCUAUCAUAUUUCGUUUUGUAUUUUCUUGUGAUAUUUAGACAAAUAUAUCGUAAUUAUCGAUCCCACGAACUGUAAGUUGAUAGGGAUAUUACCGCUUGGGUAUUAAGUUGGCGUUUGUGAAGCGAAGUGCAAUAGACUCGAAUGUUAUAAAUAUUAAUGUACUCGGCGGCAUACGAUAUGGUAUCGUGUGGAGUAUUCGUAAUCGAUGUUGAAAGUAAGCGUUAUAAUGAUCGGCUUCAAUUAUUGUUCUGGCGCAAUAAACUC